AUGGCUUUCUUAUACCCUUUAAACUUUUCUCAAAACAAUUUAUUUUGCAAAUCAACAGCAAAGCAUCAAAUGCUAUUCACUAGAAGACCCGAAGCCUGCACUUGUAGGUGUUAUAACUUUAAGGAUCUCUAUAUUUCCAACACAUGUGUUGUAGCUUCCAAGAUCGUCAAGUUAUCGUUCAAGAUUUCCGAUAGAUCAACACAACUGCUUCAAAAUAAAGUUUGUAAAAGUCCAGGAACUUCUAAAAAUGAUUAUAGCAAAAAAGGAGUUAUGCAAUGCCAGGAAACUGACGAUGAAAUUAAAACCGGUGAUGACGAGAUGUCAUCUUUAUUGCCCAAGCUGCAAUUUGUUAACAUAUAUGGAUCCCACAUCAUGCAGAAUUUGUUAAUGUUUAAAAAUGUUGCUUUAGUUGUUCAAGGCUUAUUCGAAUUAAGUUUCGAGGAGCUAAAAUUGUUAUGCGAGGAUGCACGUGGUACUAGAGUCAUUGAAGCUUUUCUAGAAAGUACCUCCGUUUCUGAUAAACUGAAAAAUGCUUACGCUUUAAAGCUAAAGGAAAAUCAAGAAAAUAUCAAAGUAAAAUAA